AUGGGCUGUUAGAGAGAAAAUGCUAAAAAAUAACAAUGAAAACGCGUGUCUGGUCCAGACUUUGAAAACCCUCACGAAAAUCUUUUGAAAUGCAUACUUAGAGCUAUCAGUGAAAAGAAAAAUUACAGAAAGUUGAUUAUAUCGAACAAACAAUGUGUCAUGAAAAAAAAGACUUCAUCGUUAAAAAAGGACCCUUUUCGAUGGCGAAAACGUUUUCCUGAGAAUAGAAACCUUCCGACUUAAGUUCUUUCUAAACAUGCACAAGAACAAUGAGAAUUUCCUGAAAUAUUUUCUAGUUGAAAAAAAGUUGAGGGAACAAGAAAAAGUUGAAAUUUGACAGAACCAAAAACACUUCCAUUUUAACUCGUUGAAAUUGAAAAAUAAACUUUGAAGACAGCCGGUGGUUCUCGUCACGAAACAAAUUUUAAAUUUGAAGGUGCCAUUCCGACACAAUUAUUUCUAAAAAGGAAACUUCUACAAUUGCGUGAAUGUGGCGGUUUUGAAUCAAUUACGGUGCUCAUAUUGUCUGCGUAACUUUUUAAUGCACAGAAUACUUUCGUUUACGCGCAACUUCCUAUUUCCCUACCAAAUUUUUUUUUUUUUCUAUUUCUGUAAAAUGAAUAAAAAUGCGAAAGGCAACUUUUUCAAAGCCUCCUCAUUGUGUUAGCUGUUUCAUUCUUGCUCACCACAUUUAUUUUAUUCUUUCUGUUUUUUUAAAAGGUAAUUUGUUUUAUUUUUUUCGCAAAUACGUUCAUUUUUUUCAGAAUUUCGAUACUUCAGAGGAAGCGGGAUUGUUGCGAGUUCCGUUAAAAGCCUUGUUCCUUCCUACUACCGCUGAUAUUAAAGUUAUGUGAAUGCCAUAUUUUUUAAUGUAAAAAACAUUUACAGAUAGGAAAGUCUCGCAAAAUUACAGACGAGCCUAUACCUAUUUUUAGUGAGUAUAACUUGUUCUGAAAUUCUUCUCAGGGUUUUAAUAGACGAAAAAGUAGAAAAUAAUUUCAAAUAAAAAAAGGUUACAAACCUUCGUGAUUUGUGAACUGAAUUUGAAUAGAAUUUUAACCUAAAAUCUCCAAAAUCAGGUAUUUUCGUGUAACCGACCUACAGCACUAGCUCACCUUCUUUCUAGACUUCUUUUUGUAAGUUCUUGAAAAAAAUUAGUUUAAUUCGUAACUUUUUUUUAGGGUGCGAGGACCCGAAAGGAGGGAGAAAUUCCCUAUAGUCGUCACUCAAGAUUGCGAUGAUUAUUUUGUCAGAAUGGUUGCUCUAAAGUUUGGCCUUGAAAUCAAAUAUAUCAGGGUGAAAAAUUUCCCAAUUUUAUAUGAAAAAAAUUUUUCAAUUUUCAGCAGAAAAAAAGACGGAAAUUCAUAUUCCUGCGGAUGAAACAAAUUUCGAAACUUAUUACCGUAUCGCUCAACAUUAUAAAUCAGCAAAUGACUAUAUAUUUAUGGAAAGAAAUUUCUCUAGUGUCAUCAUUUUGGAAGGUUUUCUUUGGUUGAUUUUUCAUAAAGAGUUAUUUUCAGACGAUUUGACGAUAUCCGACGAUUUUUUCGAAUAUUUCUCGGCUACUCGAUAUUUAUUGGAUGUGGAUCCGAGUUUGUGGUGUGUUUCCGCGUGGAACGACAAUGGAAAAAGUGAUUUUUUUCUUCGGUUUUUCGAAGAGGUUGAAGUAUUUUUUUUCGAAAUUUUUUUGUAAAUUGUCUUAUUUUUCAAAUUGUUUUUAGAAACUUCAUGAAAGUAUUUCGCAUGGAAGUGUUAGUUUAAAAAUUUUUUUCUUAUUUUUUUGUCGAUUAGAGGGAAUUUUCGAGUUAUUCAAAAACGGUUAUAUACUGGGAAAAUUUUUAGGGGCCACUAUAGGGUCUAGACGUUUUGGUGGCCACUAUAGUAGACAAAUUAGUGGCCACUUAAGGGGUUAAAAAUUAGUGGCCACUAUAGAGGUCUAAGUGCUACUAUUAGGCCAGAAAAAAUUUUAGUGGCCACUAUAGGGUUUAGACGUUUUGGUGGCCACUAUAGUAGACAAAUUAGUGGCCACUUAAGGGGUUAAAAAUUAGUGGCCACUAUAGAGGUCUAAGUGCUACUAUUAGGCCAGAAAAAAUUUUAGUGGCCACUAUAGGGUUUAGACGUUUUUGGUGGCCACUAUAGUAGACAAAUUAGUGGCCACUUAAGGGGUUAAAAAAAUUAGUGGCCACUAUAGAGGUCUAAGUGCUACUAUUAGGCCAGAAAAAAUUUUAGUGGCCACUAUAGGGUUUAGACGUUUUUGGUGGCCACUAUAGUAGACAAAUUAGUGGCCACUUAAAGGGUUAAAAAAAUUAGUGGCCACUAUAGAGGUCUAAGUGCUACUAUUAGGCCAGAAAAAAAUUUUUAGUGGCCACUAUAGGGUUUAGACGUUUUGGUGGCCACUAUAGUAGACAAAUUAGUGGCCACUUGAGGGGUUAAAAAUUAGUGGCCACUAUAGAGGUCUAAGUGCUACUAUUAGGCCAGAAAAAAUUUUAGUGGCCACUAUAGGGUUUAGACGUUUUGGUGGCCACUAUAGUAGACAAAUUAGUGGCCACUUAAAGGGUUAAAAAUUAGUGGCCACUAUAGAGGUCUAAGUGCUACUAUUAGGCCAGAAAAAAUUUUAGUGGCCACUAUAGGGUUUAGACGUUUUGGUGGCCACUAUAGUAGACAAAUUAGUGGCCACUUAAGGGGUUAAAAAUUAGUGGCCACUAUAGAGGUCUAAGUGCUACUAUUAGGCCAGAAAAAAUUUUAGUGGCCACUAUAGGGUUUAGACGUUUUGGUGGCCACUAUAGUAGACAAAUUAGUGGCCACUUAAAGGGUUAAAAAUUAGUGGCCACUAUAGAGGUCUAAGUGCUACUAUUAGGCCAGAAAAAAUUUUAGUGGCCACUAUAGGGUUUAGACGUUUUGGUGGCCACUAUAGUAGACAAAUUAGUGGCCACUUAAAGGGUUAAAAAUUAGUGGCCACUAUAGAGGUCUAAGUGCUACUAUUAGGCCAGAAAAAAUUUUAGUGGCCACUAUAGGGUUUAGACGUUUUGGUGGCCACUAUAGUAGACAAAUUAGUGGCCACUUAAGGGGUUAAAAAUUAGUGGCCACUAUAGAGGUCUAAGUGCUACUAUUAGGCCAGAAAAAAUUUUAGUGGCCACUAUAGGGUUUAGACGUUUUGGUGGCCACUAUAGUAGACAAAUUAGUGGCCACUUAAGGGGUUAAAAAUUUUAGUGGCCACUUUAGGGGUCAAUAGAUCAACAUAACUGGUCCAAUCUGUUUGUUUUGAAAUUAUCAGAGUUCCUGGAAGGAAUACUGGAUGAAAAACUACUGAAGUGGCCACUAAGACGGAAAAUAGUGGCCACUAUAGAGUCCUCCCCUAGUAGUCCUUGGCGAGCCUCUAUAGUGGCCACUAAAAAUUUUCCCAGUAAACAUUGACUUUUUCUUUUGAUACUUAGGUUUUCAGUAAUAUUAAAUAAACCUGUUCUCAUAAUUUGACUUUUUUUUUAAUUGACGUUUUUUUUUGGCACUAAGCUUUUCCUUAGUCUAAACUUAUUUUUCUCAAAAAUUUACCUUUUCUUCCGAAGAUUUUUUCUAAAAAUGGUCUGAAUAAAGCCACAAAUUGUUAAUAUUCAGCCCGAUCUGAUCGAUUUGAAAGGUUCCGAAAAACUGCACCGUACUGAUUUCAUGCCUGGCCUCGGCUGGAUGAUGACUUCGUUUGUUUUUAUUUCAAAGUUCAAAAAAAAAAGCAUUUUUCAGAAGAUUAUGGCUGGAAUUGAGAGAUAUUUGGCCGACGAGGUUUUGGGACGACUGGAUGCGGUUUCCGGAGAGGAGAAAAGUCUAUUGAUUUUCAUUUUGCUUGUUUUUUAUCAUUUUGUGAAAAAUUCGGCACUUUUAUUGUGUUUGAGAAUUGUAGAUCUAGUGUUAGUGAAAUUUCAUCAAUUUACGAAAAGGUGAAGCUGUGAAAUUUUGAAAAAUGUCCUCCUUUUCAUCUUUCAAUUUUCAAAAUGAUUUUCAUUUUUUUCAUUUUUGUUUCAUUUUUUUCAAAUUUUUUUCCCUUUUUUUCCAAUUAAUUAGGAAGCAAACUUUGAAAAAAAGUAAGAAAAAUUUUUAUUUUUUUAUAAGAAAAAAACUUUGUUGAAACUCCGAUUUUUUUCAACUUUUUGUAGUGUUUUUAAAGAUCCGUAGACGCAAUUUAUCGUAAUUUACAGCGAUUUAAAUUUCAAUUCUGAUUUCGAAGUGAUUAAAUUCAGGGAAGACAAUGCAUUCGGCCGGAAAUCAGCCGGACCGGAAUGUCUUUUUUUGGGCCAGAAAGGGGCUAGCAGGUGAAAAAAAUUAGAUUUUCUAUCAAUUUUAUCACAAAAAAUUUUUUUUUAAUGGUUUUUUUGCAAAUCCCUGCAGUGGUUAUGUUCAAUUGAAACGUGGAAAUUGAUAAAAAAAUUUUUUUUUGAGAAUUUUUUUCAAUCAAUAUUAAUAAAGAAAGCCAUGAACUUCACAAUUUUAAAAAUUUUCAGAGGCCUCUUCUACGAUCAGCACUUGUCGAAGGUCUUCAUAAAUAGGAAAUUUGUCGAUUUUAAACAUCUCGAUUUGAAUUAUCUAUUAAAUGUAUGGUUUUUCAUUGAAAAGAAUACCUAAAUGGGAAAAUUUUUAGUGGCCACUAGAAAGACUGCUUGGAGAUGACAUUAAAGUGGCCACUAAACCCACCUCUAUAGUGGCCACUAUUUUCUGUUUUAGUGGCCACUUCAGUAGUUUUUCAUCCAGUAAUCCUUCCAGUAACUCUGAUAAUUUUAAAACAAACAGAUUGGACCAGUUUUGUUGAUCCAUCGACCCCUAAAGUGGCCACUAAAAUUUCAGGGAUACAAUUACUGAAUUUACACUGAAUUUGAACUGUUUUUUAAAGGAACUAUGAAUUAAAUUGAAAUCAACUGGAAUCGCUACUGAUACUGAAUUUACUUGACUUACCGUGAAUUAACUGAGUUUUUUUACUAAAUUUUAUGGAAUUUACUUAUUUUAUUGAAUUAUUAAUGAAUUUUCAACAUGAUUUUCUGAAUUUUCAUGGUAUUUUCAAGUGAUUUUUCGGAUUUCACAGAAAUAUCACUGAAUUUACUGGCUCGUUACUGAAUUUUCACUGACCGAACCGAACUUUUUAUUGAAUUUUCUGACUUUUCACGGAAUUUUUAUUGAAUUUUUCUAAUUUCACGAAAUUUUUACUGAAUUUAUUGAACUUACUGAACUUCUACUAGACUUCCAACCUGGUUUACUGGCUUUUUAUUUUUUAAUGAAUUUUGAAUCAACUACUGGGAACAUUUUUAGUGGCCACUAUAGAGGCUCGCCAAGGACUACUUGGAGAGGACAAUAAAGUGGCCACUAUUUUCCGUUUUAGUGGCCACUACAGAGUUUUCACUGAUAAUUCUAAAAUAAACAGAUUGGACCAGUUAUGAUGAUCUUUUGACCCCUAAAGUGGCCACUACAACUUUUAGUUUUCUAGUAGUAGCACUAAGACCCUUACCGUGGUCACUAAUUUUUAACCCCUUAAGUGGCUGCUAAUUUGACUACUAUAGUGGCAACUAAAACGUCAAAACCCUAUAGUGGCCACUAAAAAUUUCUCCCUAUUUGAUAUUUUCAGGCUACUUACAAUGAAAAUUACCACGCAGAAGUGAAUUCAGCGGUUUUGGCGACUUCCCAAAAAGUUCAGGAGGAAAUUGCCAAGAAGGAAAAAUUUUCCGGAAAAAAGUUUCGGUGAUUUUUUGAGUUUUGUUUCUGAAAUAAAAUAAAAUUUUGCAGAAUCGCCUACUCCAACGCCAGUGAUUUGUAUAAUUACUUGGCUAUUUUCGGCCUAAUGACCGAUUUGAGGGUGAAAAAGAGACAUUUUUUGAAGAAACAAAAAAAAUUUCCAGGCUGGUGUGGCCAGAACUGCUUAUGAUGGCAUUGUCAGCUGUUUUGUCGAAGGAAUUCGCAUUUUUCUGAUCCCGAAUAAGGAAAUUUGGACGGGUUAUAACGUUGCUUGGUCAUAG